UUAAUACUUGCAAACAAAUCAAGCUAACAUUGCUGGAGGAUGAUCUGGACAGGGCAGCAGUAGCUUCAUGAGUCUGUUAAAUUAGCAAAAAGUUCAGUUUAGCAUUUGUUUGACGCUUGGAACUCCGUGGUGAUUACAUUGAGAGAACGUGUGUCCUCCCUAGCUUUAAUAUGAGUUAGGUCAGUUACUGUAGUCAGACCGAGAUGCAAUUGAAAGUACGUGAACGCCAACGUCAAGUCACAUACAUUGUUAUUUGUAACACGGAAAAUCGGCCUAAAUAUAAAUUAUAUAAAACUGGAUCACAUCGGCAAACAGUCUUUGUGCCACAACGAAACGAAUGCUUCUGACGCUUCACUGGAACAUCUGAGCUAACUAGCCUAGCCUAGCUACUUGAGCCACAUAGCUACAGAACCGGAAAACACAAAGAAGACCAUACUUUUAUAGACUGGUAUGAUUAACCUUUUUUGUAAUUAAGAGCACCAACGCUAACAAGCUGUCAGCGCAUAUCUUUAUUGUCGGCUUGAUAGCUACCAAUUGGCUAGACUAGCGAGACAAUAUCUUGGCUUUAGGUCGUGAAUCACUUUAUGCCGGCUACUCCAAGCUAGCUAGCGCUAACCUGCUACCAGCCAUGUAUAGUUGACAGGAUCGAGAAAACUUUAGUAGCAAUUUACUAGGCAGAAAUGUUGUACCAAGAACACAAAUAUGUUCUUGAUGGCAUGCCCCAGCAAAGUUAUGAUAAUGAUAAUUAGUGUGAUAAGACAAGUGUCAUCGACAUUUUGGCCAUGAACGUGUCAUUGUUGGGGGGUAUGUAAGGGUAGCUAGCCAGCUAACUACUAGCCAGUUCCUGUCCUUGUAGCUAGCUACAGGCAAUGCAAUGCAAUGUAGCUAGCUGAUCCCAGCUUCUAGCUGGAGCUGGAGUUGUCAAACAAUAGACAGUUGCACGACUUGCUCAGCUACUGUUGACGUCCGCAUCUGGAAGGACAUCACUUGACUUUCUAUACUGUAUGUCGCAAACCAUGAAAAAUUGCGAAUAUCAACAAAUCGACCCACAGGCACUCUCAACCCCCGCACCAACACCGCUUCCACCAGCCGCUGCUGACAAUGUCAAGAAAAACGUUAAGAGAGCUAAGAGGAAAUGGGAAGUUUUUCCAGGCAAGAAUCGCUUUUACUGCGAUGGACGGAUCAUGUUGGCCCGCCAGAGUGGGGUCUUGCCCCUCACCCUUGGUCUUAUACUAGUGACAAGUGGAUUAUUCUUCAUAUUCGACUGCCCCUUCCUGGUGAAGCACCUGACCAGCUGCAUCCCUGUGAUUGGAGGAGUGCUUUUUGUCUUUGUGGUCAUCACCCUGCUGCAGACCAGCUUCACUGACCCAGGCAUCCUUCCCAGAGCCACACCUGAGGAGGCCGCAGACAUAGAGAAGCAGAUUGAUAACACCACCGGCUCCACCACCUACCGUCCUCCUCCACGCACCAAGGAGAUCUGCAUCAACCAGCAGGCGGUGAAGCUCAAGUACUGCUUCACCUGCAAGAUGUUCCGGCCUCCUCGCACCUCCCACUGCAGCCUGUGUGACAACUGUGUGGAGCGCUUCGACCACCACUGCCCCUGGGUGGGCAACUGUGUGGGGAAACGCAACUAUCGCUUCUUCUACACCUUCAUCGUCUCCCUGGCGUUCCUGACCGCCUUCAUCUUCGGCUGUGUGACCACACACCUAGCUCUGCGGUCCCAAGGUGGGAAAGGCCUGAUCUUUGCUCUUCAGGAGAGUCCAGCCAGUGCAGUGGAACUGGUGAUUUGCUUCUUUUCUGUCUGGUCCAUUUUGGGCCUCUCGGGAUUCCAUACCUACCUGGUAGCUUCCAACCUGACCACCAAUGAAGAUAUCAAAGGCUCGUGGUCGGGGAAGAGUGGAGCGGAGGACACGAGCAAUCCGUACAGCUCCAACAACAUCUUCAAAAACUGCUGUUCUGUGCUUUGUGGGCCUAUGCCACCCAGUUUGAUUGACAGGAGAGGCUUCCUGCCUGCGGAGGAGGAGUCGUCCCCGGCGGGGCCCGUGCAGGUGGAGCUGCCCGUCCUGGCGGCUAAGCAGGAGAUCAACGUGUGCACACAGGGAACUAAAGGAUUGUUGGAAACGGCCACGCGCUCCCCGCUCCUCUCUACCCCGUGUCCCCAAGGCAAGCCCCAGAACGCCCCGGUCGGUCUAGGCGGCACCCCUGCUGAGAGCUCUGACCAUUUGGCAGAGAACCCCCUGAGCUGUGGGACUCGCAACACCACCACCAGCCCCCUGCCAAACAAGUCCCUCCGUCAGGCCAAGAGCCGGUCGAAGCGCGGCAGCAGACAGGCGGUGCUUCACAUCCCUAACCCUGCAUACAACGUCCCCAGCCCCCCGGCCUCCCCAGACCUGGAGCCCGGCUCCAGCUUCGCCCCGCGGGCCAGCUUCGCCUCAGAUCACUGACUUGCCAUCGCACCUCCCAGAGUGCACCUGUCCAGCUCACGUCCGAAGCUCUGCAUGCUGUUUUGCAGUCACACUUUGGAUGCUAGUGCGUGAAUUCCCUUUUAAGUCUAUGGAAAGAGGUUAUAGCCUUGAAGAGGAAGUCACCGGGGCCUUGCCUCCAGGACAGGCUGAAGAAAUCUGUGGAAAACCAUAGAAGGACAGUGUUCCUGACACCUCUUAGCCAGGGGGCUAUUCAAUGCUUCAUCUUGCAUGUUACUGUCUAGCAGUAGGGGGCACUAGCUGCAGCUAUUGGUUAUGUAUGUAGGCCAUAAAACAAACUGCCCUUUGUUUACUGUGAAAAGCACAAAGAGAUUGAAUCUGUACAUUCACAUUCAUUUUUCAGCCAAGCCACAAAAUAUACUAUUUUUCAAGCACCUCAUUGAAAUCCAAGUGAUUCAAAAUAAACGGUAAUACUGUUUUAUUGGAUGCAGAAGGAAUGACAGCUCCUGACUUGCUUGACUCCUAAGAAGCAAGCUCUUAGAGGGGCCAAAUCUCAUUACGUGUAUGCAACCUAUAUGCCUAUACCCAGGGUCUGUGUUCUGUGUGUCAAUAUUUCUCUCCAAGAGAUCCUCGCCGCAACAUGGGACGAUACCAUGGACGUUUCUGGAGUCAAGUGGAGGAAAAAGAGACUCUUUUGUUGCAGAGCUCUAUCCAUCUCGCCAAAAUAUAAAUAUCGAUAUUUUCUGUUCUUUACUUUGGCUGGCAGUGUUUUGAAAUCUGCUCGUUUGUAGCUCUGUGGUUUGGAGCCGUGGAACAGUAUUGUGAAAUGCAUGUCCUUGCUCAUGCCAUGUGGAAAUAGCACUGCUUGUGUCGUCACUAACAGUCCAGGCUGAUCUAAGGGGGGGAUCCCAAGGCUAAGGUUUCUGAUUGAGUAUGGAUAGAUGAGGUUACAGGAGUCUGCGCCGAGGCUGAUUCCAAGAGCAGCAAUACUUUACCAAUUGUCCUCUCGACCUUUCUGUGCUAUUUGUGCGGUUUGACAAAUCUGAUACGGUGUUGUUUGAUGUAAAAGGUACUCUGUUCCAGGUAAUGGAAAUGGGGAGAAAGACACCUUUUGGUCUCAGGUGGACCGUAGUGUAGUAGGUUUUGGUUCUCAUAUGCAAGUUAAAUGUGAUGUUUCAUGUUUAGCCACAUUGUGACUCCUUGCAAUAGUUGCACAUAAAAUGCACUGAAAUGACACUGACCACGACCAUACUGUUUCGUAUGUGCUCAGAAUAUUUACUUUGUCUUCACUAAUACCAGUGUUCACCUCCAGUAGACUCAAAAGAAGUGAAUGAUCGUCCAUAUACUAUUUUGUAAUUCAAGAGUGGUUCUCUCACCCUCAGAUCCUAACGAGAGAAAAACAAUGCAUUUUGGAUUGAAUCUGUGUUGAACUGUAUUGUGAUGAUGUUGAGCUUUCUUAGACUUUGCCUGUUUUUUUCAGCCAAUGUCCCUUAUCUUUCGACAUGGUCUGAAAUAAAAAAAAACAAAAAACA